AGUAUUUGGAUUUCAUCGAUUUUAAAAUGGCCGCUCUUCCACGAGUUUUAAUUUACGGUGGAAAAGGAGCUCUUGGCUCUUCUUGUAUUUCUCAUUUUAAGACAAAAAAUUGGUGGGUUGCAUCUGUCGAUUUAAAUCCAAACGAAGAAGCACAUGUAAAUAUAGUUGUGACCAAACUAGAUUCUUGGGUUGAGCAAAAUCAAGAGGUUCUAUCAAAAGUUGAUGAGAUUUUGGGAGAGGAAAAAUUGGAUGCAAUAGUUUGUGUUGCUGGGGGAUGGGCUGGUGGCUCGGCCAAAAGCAAAAAUGUGGUCAAGAAUGCAGACUUAAUGUUCAAGCAAAGUGUUUGGACUUCACUUAUUUCGGCUAGGAUGGCAUCAAAAUACUUAAAAGAAAAUGGCCUGCUUACCUUAACUGGUGCUCAACCAUCCUUGGGUGGAACAUCAGGAAUGCUUGGUUAUGGCAUGUCAAAAGCUGCAGUUCAUCAACUAACAAAGAGUUUGGCUGCCAAAGAAAGUGGUCUACCUGCAGGCUCAGUAGCAGUUGCAAUUUUGCCAAUGACAUUGGACACUCCAAUGAAUCGAAAAAAUAUGCCUAGUGCUGAUUUUACCUCUUGGACAUCCUUGGAAUAUGUUGCAGAUUUACUCUUUAAAUGGUCAGAAGGAAACAACAGACCUGAAAGUGGAAGCUUGGUGAAGCUUGUCACUAAAGAUAAUCAAACAACGACCGAGGUGCAUUCUGGUAACUUAUUACAAUAAUAAGUUUACUAACAAACGUACGUUUGGCGGCGGUGUGCCAUGAAGAAUGAAAUGUGUGGACGUAUGAUGAAUGUAAAAAUUUUUUGAGUAAAAUAAAUAGUCAUAGAUUAUGUUAAAGAGUAGAGCUGGAUUAAAUACAGAAAAAGAUUAACUAUA